AAACCGCUCAGAGUUGUACCCUAAACCCUUUUUCUCAACUUUCAAGCUCCUUGAGCCCAAACGCAGUCUGCCAAUUCCGGAAGUAAUGGCAGAGCCGAGUCAGUUCACCCGACACAUUGAAUCGUUCGUCGACUCGUCCUGCUCUGCGACACAACAGACUGCAAGUCUGGAUGCGAUUACCUUACUCUUGAAGAAUAAUGUGUUAACACUGGAAGCACUGGUUAAAGAGUUGGGAAUGUAUUUGACCACGACAGACAACAUAAUUCGUGCUAGAGGUAUCCUUCUUCUUGGAGAAGUGCUUAUACGUCUUUCAUCGAAGCCACUGAACAAUGCCACUAUACAUAGCUUGAUAGUAUUUUUCACUGACAGAUUGGCAGAUUGGAAAGCUCUGCGUGGCGCACUUGUUGGCUGCUUAGCUUUGAUGCGAAGGAAGAGUAUUGCAGGUAUGGUCUCUGAGAGUGAUGCAAGGGCUCUUGGACAGUCUUAUUUACGAAACCUUCAGGUGCAAUCUUUGGGACAGCAUGACAGAAAGCUUUGCUAUGACCUGUUGCAAUGCCUAUUAGAAUCCUAUCCUGAUGCUGUUACCUCUCUGGGUGAUGACAUCCUUUAUGGAAUCUGUGAAGCUAUUGAUGGAGAGAAGGAUCCUCAAUGCUUAAUGCUAGGUUUUCACAUUGUGGAACUUCUUCCACGAUUAUUUCCAGAUUCAUCUGGAUUACUUGAAAGUUUUGCUAGUGAACUUUUUGAGGUUUUAGGGAGUUACUUUCCCAUUCAUUUUACCCAUCCAAAAGCCGAGGAUGUUUCUCCGAAGAGGGAUGAUCUAUCAAAUGCACUAAUGUUGGCAUUUUCUUCAACACCUCUUUUUGAGCCAUUUUCUGUUCCCUUGCUUCUUGAGAAACUUUCUUCCUCUCUGCCAUCAGCAAAGGUUGAUUCUCUGAAGUAUCUCAGUAAUUGCACACUGAAGUAUGGAGGAGACAGAAUGGCUAAACAUGCUGGAGCUAUUUGGUCUUCACUAAAAGAUGCAAUAUAUUCUUCCCUGCUAGUUUCUGAUCUAUCCUUUGUUGCAGAAACACUCAAUGAUCAAGGCUCUCAGGAAAAUGAGAUUACAAGGGAAGCUCUAAAACUUCUUCAGAAGGUUUUCAUGCAAAAUACUGAUGUGUACUUCAGUUUGCUGGCUAGUGAUGAAGAUGUCAAAAUGACUUUCAACAUGAUAUCCAGUUGUAAGGAAAACAGUGAAUUUCCCCUUCAAAGCAAGCAGAGACUACAUGCUGUGGCUCUGAUCCUUUUUGCUUCUACUAAGGCUUCUGUUGCCUCCUGCAAUAGAAUCUUUGAAAGUUAUUUCCCUCGCUUGAUGGAUGAUCUGGGGCUUUCAGUGGAAAACUCAUCUGUAGCCUAUAACUAUAAGUCAAAUGAAAAUUGUGUGGAUCCUGAAAGGCUUAAUUUUGGAGCUCUUUAUCUCAGCAUUGAACUCCUUGGGUCAUGCAGAGAUCUGAUUGUAAGCUCUGGAGAGCGUGUAUCCGAAACUACAUAUGUACAUGAAAAAUGGUGCUACUUGCUUCAGAGCUUUUCUACUUCUUUAGGCAAGACAUUCAGUUCUAUCUUGGCAACUGAUGACGGCCACGCUCAGGAGGCAUAUAUUUAUCUCGGAGUGAAAGGUUUGCAGAUUCUGGCUACGUAUCCUGCAGACUAUUCAUUAGUGUCGGAAUCAACAUUUGAGGAUAUUUUGAUGACAUUCAUAUCAAUUAUCUCCAUGGAUUUCAGCAAAACAUUAUUGUGGAAACUGGCUCUAAAUGCGCUCGUACAUAUUGGCUCUUUUCUCAAUAGAUUGCAUGAGUCUGAGAAGUCACGAACCUAUACAAGGGUUGUUAUCAAUAAGAUUGUCUCCUUGGUUUCUCUUGAUGACUUGAGUAUGCCAUUUCCUCUCAAAUUGGAAGCCAUUUCUCACAUUGGUACAUCUGGGCUGAACUAUAUGCUGAAAAUUGUUGAAGGAUUGAAAGAAGCUAUAUGUGCCAACCUACCCAGGGUCUACGUUGGCAGACAUACCAAGUCAGCUGAAAUCAUUGUUCAGGUUCUGGAGUGCUUCUCUGACAAGGUGCUUCCAUGGAUGCAGGAAAAUGGAGGUUGCGAAGAAUCCCUGUUGAGAUUUUCUGUAUGUAUGUGGGAGCAAAUAGAAAACUGCAUGGCUUCGAGUGUUGGGAUCCAUGAAAAAGGCCUUCUUGACUCAAUAUCAAAGGCAAUGAAGCUUGCCGUUGGGUGUUUUUCCGCCGAGAGCCAAACCAUAAUAGUUGAGAAAGCUUACAGUGUAAUAUCAGCCAGAAGUUGUUUUCCAAAUAAUGAAUAUACAUUCAGCAUUCCAGUGCAACUGGAAGGGUUACAACUUGCUCGAGAGAUUGGCAACUUUUCCAACAGAGAUGAAUGGACUUAUUCAUUAUUCGCAUCAGUAAUUAUAGCACUUCAUCCUCAAGUGCACUUACCAAAUUUAAGAACUUUAUUGCGUAUGUUCAUGAUUGCGCUCCUCAAGGGUCACAUUCCAGCUGCUCAGGCUUUGGGGUCAAUUGUUAAUAAAUUUGGCCUGAAAUCCAAUGGAAUGGAGAUUUCUGGUGAUUGUACAUUGGAAGAAGCAUUGGAGAUAAUUUUCUGCACUAGUUUUCAUGGUUCCCAUGAAAAUGGUCGUGCAAGCCAAUGUGGUCAAGUGAGCAAUAGUAAUCAUAUGGACCUCACUGGUCUAUGCCUUGGUGCUGUAAACAAUAAUCUGCUUCAAAUUCAUGCCAUUGUUGGGCUGGCAUGGAUUGGAAAAGGUUUGCUCAUGCGGGGUCAUGAAAAAGUUAGAGACAUAACAAAGGUCUUAGUAGAGUUCUUACAAUCACAUGACAGAACAGAUAUCUUGACAUUAAAACAAGGAUCUUCAGAGAACGGUUCGGUGCAGUUUUCCUCUGUGAUGAAAUGUGCAGCGGAUGCUUUUCAAAUUCUUAUGAGUGACUCUGAGCAUUGUUUGAACAGAAAAUUUCAUGCGGUAGUACGACCGCUUUAUAAGCAACGGUUUUCCUUCACAAUAAUGCCCAUUCUGCAGUCUUUAAUCCUGAAAUCUGAUGUGUCAUCAUCACGAUUUUUGCUGUAUCGUGCAUUUGCGCAUGUCAUAUCUGACACCCCACUAAUUGCGAUCUUGAACGAUGCAAAGAAGCUAAUUCCGAUGUUGCUGGAUGGCUUAACCGUGUUAAGCAAGGAUAGAGAGGAUAAAGAUAUCGUAUAUAGUGUCCUGCUUGUCUUGUCUGGAGUAUUGACAGAUAAUAAUGGACAAGAAGCUGCUAUUGAGAAUGCUCAUAUUACCAUUAAUGGCCUCACUAGGCUUAUUGAUUAUCCUCAUAUGACGCUUGUUCGAGAGACAGCUAUUCAGUGUCUUGUUGCCUUGUCUAGACUGCCUCAUGCAAGGAUUUAUCCUAUGCGAAAGCAGGUACUACAAGCUUUAACAAGAUCUCUUGACGAUCCAAAGAGGUCUGUUCGUCAAGAAGCUGUUAGAUGCCGGCGUGCGUGGUCAAUGCUUUAGAUCUGUGCUCCGAUAGUUUUGACUAAACAGUACACAACCGGAAAUGCUUCAUAUUGUUUUCUUUUUCCCCUUCAACCAUCAAAAUGGGCAUCAAAUGCAUCCAGAAGCCUUAUAGCUAGGCAAAAACCCAAAUUCAUGGUUUGUUGUGUUUGUCUUAGUUUUCUCAAACCAUGACCCCAUAUGUGUAUAUAUUUGUAUGGAAAUGCUGAGUGAAUUCUAAUGUGAUAUAGAUAUUUAUGAUCUGAUUUAUGUUGUACAUAAGGAGUUGAGUACAAAAUAAUUUUACUGUAAUGAGGAAAUCAAGAUGUAAUAAUUUUAUAAUUGCAUAUUCGCGGUGUUCUACCGUUAUCAUUGACAUCAUUUUCGUGGGAUGACUUUGACUGAU